AUGGUGGAAGAGAAGGAGCGCUGGAUCCGGGCGAAGUACGAGCAGAAGUUGUUCCUGGUGGGGCUUCCUCAGUCAGACGUGCCUCUGGGACAGCAGCUCCUGCGGGCCGUGGUGGAGGACGACCUGAGGCUAGUGGUUGUCCUGCUGGCCCACGGCACCAAGGAAGAGGUCAACGAGACGUAUGGGGACGGCGACGGACGUACCGCCCUGCACCUGUCCUGCGCCAUGGCUAAUGUGGUCCUCACGCAGCUGCUCAUCUGGUACGGCGUGGACGUGAAGAGUCGCGACGCCCGCGCUCAGACGCCGCUGUCCUACGCCCAGCGAGCAGGAAGUCAGGAGUGCGUCGACAUCCUCAUCCAACACGGUUGUCCCGUGACGCCCACAGCCACCCAACACAAUCCCAACAUCAACAACAACGCUCAAUGCGAGCUGAACCGUAGUGUUAGCAUCAUGUGAUCGUGGCCCGCAGUGUCUCUAGUGUCUCUUCUCAAAGAUGUUGAUGUUCCCAUAGAUGCUGCUCUCGUUAAAUGGCAUCAUUUCCCUCAGCAGUACGUCUUUAUUAGGAAACUGUGCGUAAUGCCACAUGUGGCACGUAAACCCAUUACCCUCAUGACGACUUCCUGUGACCAAUGUUAGCGUACGGCAAGAAUUAGCAGUGUUAACAUUAUCAAUGCGUGUUAUUUUUAAGCUGAAGAAAAUUAGGUUUUUAAGGAUCCUUUCUUGUGUGUGUAUAGAACAAAAAAAUGAAAUGAUGGGCAACAGGUUCUAAAGAUAAGUUCGAUUUUUUUAAGGUACAUCGGUUUAGAAAUAAUCAGACGACAGUAAUGGAUCCUCUGCAUUGCGCCCACGCGUUUUUGUCCAUCAGAACAUUAAAUUAUGUUGUUACAGGGAAAAUUCUGUUAUUAUUUACUGCCCCCCCAAACUUUCUUUCUUCUGCUGAAUACACGCUUUAAAAAAAAAAGAUAUUUGGAAGAAUAUUGGUAACCAAAGAGUUUUGGUUCACAUCGAAGUCAAUAAACAAAACUGUUUGAUUACCAACAUUCUUCAAAAUAUGUUCUUUUAUGUUCCACAAAACAAAUAA